UCUGAGGCGCGGCGUUCACUCCCACCCAGCCUGGGACAGAAAAGGGACGCGUGCACGAGAACCGUCUCCUUCGCAGCCACCCGCCCCCUCCGUCUCCUCGCCCCUUGCCCACAACCCCGGGCAGUUCUAGCACAAACCUAGCGGAGCAAUCCGGGAUCCGGCGGGGCGCGGGAGGGGCUCGAGGGCGGUGAGACCCCGAGGUCUCACGAGGAGCUCCGGGGGGUGGGUCUCCCCGAGGACUCUGAAAGGAUCUUAGGACGGACGACUUGCUGGAAUGCCUGGCCUGGUCUGCAGGCGUUGACUGACCGAUGCUCUUGGUCUUAGAGCCCAGAUCCGCCCGCGUGGAGAGGAUUUGGGGAGCGCGCCCUCUCCCCCUCUUCUGCCCCCUCCCCAGCCGCAGCAGAUCUGUAGAAGCAGAGUUGCCGUUUCGGCCGUUCGCGCGGCCGCAGGAGUCCAGCCUGGCCACGGACUGGACAGCUACCCCAUCGGAGCCCCGCGAGCCCGUGCCGUCUCACCUUGAGCGCCCAGGCCCCCUCGGAGCACCUCGGCGGUUCCCGGCGCGCCGGCUCUCUUCCGCUCCACCCUGCCCCGCCCCGCCUCCGAACCGGGACGUGCGCCCCCCCGCCCCCGCCCGCCCCCGCGCAGACCUGCAGAGGGAGCGGGCCCAGCGGGGAGACCGGCCGGAGCCCAUCCGCAGUCCGCGCUCCAGAGACUCCGCGGCCGCAGGGUGUUCAAACAGCUGAGCCCUAUUAACAUUUUCAUCAUGGGCUUCUGCUUGGCUCUGGCAUGGAUACUCCUGGUUGGGCCAUGGAUGCUCACGGGAGCUCAGAACCCCAUUUCAUGGGAAGUACAGCGAUUUGAUGGGUGGUACAACAACCUCAUGGAGCACAGAUGGGGCAGCAAAGGUUCUCGCCUGCAGCGCCUGGUCCCAGCCAGCUACGCAGACGGUGUGUACCAGCCCUUGGGAGAGCCCCACCUGCCCAACCCCCGAGUCCUUAGCAACACUGCCAUGAGGGGCACUGCAGGGCAGGCCUCCCUGCGAAACCGCACAGUGCUGGGGGUCUUCUUCGGCUACCACGUGCUCUCGGACCUGGUGAGCGUGGAAAAUCCUGGCUGCCCAGCCGAGUUCCUCAACAUCCACAUCCCGCCCGGGGACCCCGUGUUCGACCGAGACCGGAGCGGGGACGUGGUGCUGCCCUUCCAGAGGAGCCGCUGGGACCCCGAGACCGGACAGAGCCCCAGCAACCCCCGGGACCCGACCAACGAGGCGACGGGCUGGCUGGACGGCAGCGCCAUCUACGGCUCCUCGCACUCCUGGAGCGACGAGCUGCGGAGCUUCUCCGGCGGGCAGCUGGCGUCGGGGCCCGACCCCUUCUUCCCGCGGGACGCGCAGGAGCCGCUGCUCAUGUGGACGGCGCCCGACCCCGCCACGGGACGGCGCGGGCCCCGGGGGCUGUACGCCUUCGGGGCGGAGCGAGGGAACCGCGAGCCCUUCGUGCAGGCGCUGGGCCUGCUGUGGUUCCGCUACCACAACCUGUGGGCGCAGAGGCUGGCCCGCCAGCACCCGCUCUGGGCGGACGAGCAGCUGUUCCAGCACGCGCGCAAGAGGGUCAUCGCCACCUACCAGAACAUCGCGAUGUACGAGUGGCUGCCCAGCUUCCUGCGGAAAAUGCCCCCGGACUAUGCAGGAUACCGCCCUUUCCUGGACCCCAGCAUCUCUCCGGAGUUCUUAGCAGCCUCUGAACAGUACUUUUCCACCAUGGUGCCCCCUGGCGUCUACAUGCGAAAUGCCAGCUGCCACUUCCAGGGGAUCAUCAAUAGGAACUCAAGUGUCUCCAGAGCUCUCCGGCUCUGCAACAGCUACUGGAGCCGAGAGCACCCAAACCUACAAAGAGCUGAAGAUGUGGAUACACUGCUGCUGGGCAUGGCCUCCCAGAUCGCUGAGCGAGAGGACCAUGUGGUGGUUGAGGACGUACGAGAUUUCUGGCCUGGGCCACUGAAGUUUUCCCGCACAGACCACCUGGCCAGUUGCCUGCAGCGGGGCCGGGAUCUGGGCCUGCCCUCUUACACCAAGGCCAGGGCAACACUGGGCCUGCCUCCAGUUACCAGAUGGCAGGACAUCAACCCUGCACUCUCCUGGAGUGACGGCACUGUGCUGGAGGCCACAGCUGCCCUGUACAACCAGGACCUGUCCCGGCUGGAGCUACUCCCUGGGGGGCUCCUGGAGAGUCACGGGGACCCUGGACCCCUCUUCAGCACCAUCGUCCUUGAUCAGUUUGUGCGACUGCGGGAUGGCGACCGCUACUGGUUUGAGAACAGCAGGAAUGGGCUGUUCUCUGAAAAAGAGAUAGCAGAGAUCAGAAACACUUCUCUACGGGAUGUACUAGUGGCUGUCACCAACGUGAACCCCAGUGCCCUGCAGCCCAACGUGUUUUUCUGGCAUGCUGGAGAUCCCUGCCCACAGCCAAGACAGCUCACCACCGAGGGCCUGCCAGCCUGUGCUCCCCCUGUCAUGCGGGACUAUUUUGAAGGCAGCGGAUUUGGCUUCGGGGUCACCAUCGGGACUCUGUGCUGCUUCCCCCUGGUGAGCCUGCUCAGUGCCUGGAUUGUUGCCCAGCUCCGGAGGAGAAAGUUAAAGAGGCUCCGGGGCCAGAACCGCCAGAGCAUCAUGUCUGAGAAGCUCGUAGGGGGCAUGAAAGCAUUGGAGUGGCAGGGCCACAAGGAGCCCUGCCGACCUGUGCUCGUGCACCUGCAGCCGGGGCAGAUCCACGUGGUGGAUGGCAGGCUCUCUGUGCUCCGCACCAUCCAGCUGCAGCCCCCGCAGCAGGUCAACCUUAUCCUGUCCAGCAACCAUGGACGCCGUGCCCUGCUGCUGAAGAUCCCCAAGGAGUAUGACCUGGUGCUGCUAUUUGACCUGGAGGAAGAGCGGAAGGUGAUGGUGGAAAACCUUCGGGGGGCUCUGAAGGAGAGUGGACUGAGCUUCCAGGAAUGGGAGCUGCGGGAGCAGGAGCUGAUGAGGGCCGCUGUCACACAGGAGCAGCGGAGUCACCUCCUGGAGACCUUUUUCAGGCACCUUUUCUCCCAGGUGCUGGACAUCGACCAGGCAGAUGCAGGGACCCUGCCCCUGGACUCGUCACAGAAGGUGCGGGAGGCCCUGACAUGUGAGCUGAGCCGGGCCGAGUUUGCUGAGGCCCUGGGCCUCAAGCCCCAGGACAUGUUUGUGGAGUCCAUGUUUUCUCUGGCCGACAAGGACGGCAAUGGCUACCUGUCCUUCCGGGAGUUCCUGGACAUCCUGGUGGUCUUCAUGAAAGGCUCCCCUGAGGAGAAGUCUCGCCUUAUGUUCCGCAUGUACGACUUCGAUGGGAAUGGCCUCAUUUCCAAGGAUGAGUUCAUCAGGAUGCUGAGGUCCUUCAUCGAGAUCUCCAACAACUGCCUGUCCAAGGCCCAGCUGGCCGAGGUGGUGGAGUCCAUGUUCCGGGAGUCAGGCUUCCAGGACAAGCAGGAGCUGACAUGGGAGGACUUCCACUUCAUGCUGCGGGACCACGACAGCGAGCUCCGCUUCACGCAGCUCUGCGUCAAAGGGGUGGAGGUGCCUGAAGUCAUCAAGGACCUCUGCCGGCGAGCCUCAUACAUCAGCCAGGAGAAGCUCUGUCCCUCUCCCAGAGUGAGUGCUCGCUGUCCCCGGAGCAAUGCCAACAUGGAGGUGGAGCUGACACCAUGGAGACUGCAGUGCCCUGUUGACACAGACCCUCCCCAGGAGGUUCGACGGAGGUUUGGCAAGAAGGUAACGUCGUUCCAGCCCCUGCUGUUCACCGAGGCUCACCGAGAGAAGUUUCAACGCAGCCGUCGCCAUCAGACGGUGCAGCAGUUUAAGCGCUUCGUGGAGAAUUACCGGCGCCACAUCGGCUGCCUGGCUGUGUUCUACACCAUCGCGGGGGGCCUCUUCCUGGAGAGGGCCUACUACUACGCCUUUGCGGCUCACCACAAGGGCAUCACAGACACCACCCGCGUGGGCAUCAUCCUGUCGCGGGGCACGGCGGCCAGCAUCUCCUUUAUGUUCUCCUACAUCCUGCUCACCAUGUGCCGCAACCUCAUCACCUUCCUGCGAGAGACCUUCCUCAACCGCUACGUGCCCUUCGACGCCGCCGUGGACUUCCAUCGCCUCAUUGCCUCUACUGCCAUCGUCCUAACAGUCUUACACAGCGCAGGCCAUGUGGUGAAUGUGUACCUCUUCUCCAUCAGCCCACUCAGCAUCCUCUCCUGCCUCUUCCCCGGCCUCUUCCAUGACAACGGGUCUGAGUUCCCCCAGAAGUAUUACUGGUGGUUCUUCCAGACCGUGCCAGGUCUAACAGGGGUCAUGCUGCUCCUGGUCCUCGCCAUUAUGUACGUCUUCGCCUCCCGCCACUUCCGCCGCUGCAGCUUCCGGGGCUUCUGGCUGACACACCACCUCUACAUCCUGCUCUACGUGCUGCUCAUCAUCCACGGCAGCUUCGCUCUGAUCCAGCUGCCCCGUUUCCACAUCUUCUUCCUGGUCCCAGCACUUAUCUACGCUGGGGACAAGCUGGUGAGCCUGAGCCGGAAGAAGGUGGAGAUCAGCGUGGUAAAGGCAGAGCUGCUGCCUUCAGGAGUGACCCACCUGGAGUUCCAGCGGCCCCAAGGCUUUGAGUACAAGUCAGGGCAGUGGGUGCGGAUCGCCUGCCUGGCUCUGGGGACCACAGAGUACCACCCCUUCACACUGACUUCUGCACCCCACGAGGACACGCUUAGCCUGCACAUCCGGGCAGCGGGGCCCUGGACCACCCGCCUCAGGGAGAUCUACUCACCCCCGACGGGCGACGGCUGUGCCAAAUAUCCAAAGCUGUACCUUGAUGGACCAUUUGGAGAGGGCCACCAGGAGUGGCAUAAGUUUGAGGUGUCGGUGCUGGUGGGAGGAGGCAUUGGGGUCACCCCCUUUGCCUCCAUCCUCAAAGACCUGGUCUUUAAGUCAUCAGUCAGCUGCCAAGUGUUCUGUAAGAAGAUCUACUUCAUCUGGGUGACACGGACCCAGCGGCAGUUUGAGUGGCUGGCUGACAUCAUCCGGGAGGUGGAGGAGAAUGACCACCAGGACCUGGUGUCCGUGCACAUCUACAUCACCCAGCUGGCUGAGAAGUUUGACCUCAGGACCACCAUGCUGUACAUCUGUGAGCGGCACUUCCAGAAGGUGCUGAACCGGAGUCUGUUCACGGGCUUGCGCUCCGUCACCCACUUUGGCCGACCCCCCUUCGAGCCCUUCUUCAAUUCCCUGCAGGAGGUUCACCCACAGGUCCGGAAGAUUGGGGUGUUUAGCUGUGGCCCCCCUGGCAUGACCAAGAAUGUGGAAAAGGCCUGCCAGCUCAUCAACAGGCAGGACGGGACUCAUUUCUCCCACCAUUACGAGAACUUCUAGGCCUCCUGUCCAGGGGCUCUGCCCGCUGCCCAGCUGAGCAGAGCUCAUCUAUCCAGCUCUUCUGCCUGGGAUGACAUCAUCGGUGAGGCUGCAGCUCCAUUCCCUCCCUCAGAGAGGACACUCUCCACCGCCUCUCCCAUCUCCCCACCACAAUCCAGGAAAUCAGCAUUCGUGCCCAGCCCUGCCCACAAGCCAAGGACCCUGCUGCUCAGAGCUCUGGCCGGCUCCCAGCAAGAACGUUUGUUCUAACUACCACAGGCCUGGGCGGCCAGGCCCCAGGUCUGAAACUCACACACAGGCAGCGGGGAAACAAUGCUUGAGAGAGCCCUGAGGCCUGAGUGCUUGUUUCUGCUGGUCAGAGAGUACUUGGGGACAAGGGCAGGGCUCAGAAGCUGAUGUGGGAGGUAGAACUGGUGAGGGGGCUGCCUCAUCGUGAGGCCCUUACCCUUGAGAGGUGAGACUGGCAAGCCGCCUCACUUGCUUCCCCUGUCUGCCUACAAGGAGGGCUCUGACGGGACCCAUUUCACUAGGCACACAGGUGAGAAAGCAGAGUGGGGAGACUAAAGAGGAAAGGGACAGAAGGAAAAAAAGAAGCCCUUAACCCCAUCCUUCCCUCCCUGCUCAGGGUAGAGUGCCCUAAAGCCUGUGUGUGUGUGUCAGGGUGUGGGGCCAUGUUCAUCUGCAGGUCUGAGAUAACAGCUAAAUUUGCAGCGACCACACAGGCCCUGGGGAAAACAGCAAAGGGCCUGAGGAAAAUGUACAGCCCCUGGGGCAGCAGAGAGGGGAGGCAGUGAGUGGUCGCCCUCCCGUCUGCCCUACGCCGGAACCCAGGCCCAAGGCUCUGGGCGGCAGUGUGGGCCCUGUGCUCUCACGGUUUGGGGACAGCCCCCCUCCCUGCAAUUCACCGAAGGGCAUCGCCUCUCCUGAAAACCGUACGUUUGAGAGACAGAUCUAGCCAUGAAGGGCAACAAGUGGCCGGAGAACUGAGGUGGCAGCUGAGAGCGCAGCCUCCAUCUGGAUAACUGACCUCCUGGGACAAAGUCCCAAGGGUCCAUUAGGACACAGCAGAGCCCUUGCCUGACCCUCAGGGAACCGGAGUGGGACUAGCUGGGCCAUAGGGCUGGGGCUGGCAAGGCUUUUGGAGGAAGCUGUUUAAUUACCAGUGAAAGCCCUUCCAUUACAGAGAGAAGAGAAACCAUAAUUGUAUUUCAGAGAAGCCAUUUAUAUGCAAACGAGGCUCUGGCAGACAGAUGCUGGCUGGGCUAGAUCAGCCUGGGUUGGAGCAGUGUCCAGACCGGCCUCCCCCUUUCACUCCUCAGGAUAAGGCAGGGCCCAGGCUCUGUUCUGCUCUGCUCUGCUCGGGGAGCCAGACCCUAGCGUCUCCCCUUGCCUUGACCAUACCAGACUUGAUGCGGGGUGGAACUGUGCAAUGGAACAGUGUGGUUCUUGGAGUCAGCCUGAGCUGGGUUCAGAUCCUGCUUUGGGCACUUUAUUAGCUGAUGGCCUUGAGCAAGUCAUAUACCUCUUUGAGUCUAUUUUCUUUCUAUAAAAAAGAGAUUGAUCCUGCAGGACGGUAGUUGGUUUAGAGAUGGUAUAUAUGCUACGUGGCACAUAGUAGAUGCUCUAUGAAUCUUAACUAUAAUUUUUAAAGCAAUACACAUUCCUAAAGUUAUGUAGAUCAAAUUUUUGACAAAUGAAUUUUUCCUAAAUGCUCUUAUGCUGGGGGAGUCUGCAAAAAACCUAAGAGGUAUCCACUGACAUAUUUUGCAGAGGUAGAAACGGAGGUCCAGAGAGGUUAAGCGAUUUGCCUAAGGUCACAGAGCUAGUUUUAUUAAAACCAAGAAUGAAAUUCAGGUUAUCUGAGUAUAGACUGGCAUUUUUUCCCCAUUAUCUUUUAGUGAAGUUGAGUAAUUAUCCUUAAAUGUAUUUGUUUAAUACUCCCAAAUUUCCGUAUAUUGGAUAUGUUUGAAGUGGGGGUAUAGCUGUACUCUAAUGUCCCCUGGAAAAUGUGGUAGGAAGUGGUACAGAUGCCCCAGUAAUGAUUGGGGAUGUGAAUGGGCACAGCACUCUGACAAGCUGCCACGUGGGGUGCAGGUUCUACUAGGCAGAACUCCUGGGUGCCAAGCAAAAGACUAGCCAUCCUGCCAGUAGAACCAGGGAGGCUGGUGCUGGUCUAUGUCUAUCUGUGCCCAGAGUGGAAGGCUGAGGAGGAGGAGGAAGAGGAGCCCUGCCUUCCCUGCCUCUUCCAGGAUUCUUUAAAGCUCAGUUGUCAGCCACUAGCACCUAGACCUUCUGCCCACUUCUUCAGAGUGAACAAGAGCAGCUUUGUGUCCAACUGCUCCAUCCUCCUCCCAGGACCCAGGCUCCAUCUCACCCUGUUGAGUCCCACAGGCAAAGUUCCUAUCUCCUUGCCUGUACUUCUAGAACAUUCUGGGCUUCCAUUAAUAAUGAUGAUAAUGCUUAAUUUAUUAAACACUUAGCACUAUGUUAAAUU